CUGCCUCGACCCCACCUUGCCACCGGGGACCACCAACCGCCUCUUCCGCUCCGGGAGGACGCGCAGCCGCAGCCUCCGCCGAGGGCAAGGGUCUACGCACCCGGAAACUCCAGAAGUCUGUGGCCUGGUGUGGCCCCUGCGGCCAACGGGCUCGGCUUGAGCUUCAGGGCGCUUUCGUUGUUGGACUACGUUUCCCACAGGCCCUAGAGCCGCUAAUGAACUUUGACCUUUGCAUCUCUUUCCGGUGUUUUGGUUAUUGGGUUAAUCCUGACUCGGGCCAGGCUGCGGGAGGAGCUUGCGGUGAAGUGUCCCCGCGCUGCCAGGCGAGUUCUGCAAGUGAAGGCCCCCUGAAGUGGAAGACAGCAUUGGUACUAAUGGCCAGCUCAAGUUUCAUUGGGGAUCGUGUCUAUGGAGCUCCUCAUGCUGUCAUGUCAGAAGUGGAAUUCCCUGACCAGUUCUUUACAGUUCUAACCAUAGACCAUGAACUGGUGACACUCAGGGAUGUGGUCAUCAACUUCUCUCAGGAAGAAUGGGAAUAUCUGGAUUCUGCUCAGAGGAACUUGUACUGGGAUGUGAUGAUGGAGAACUACAGCAACUUACUCUCACUGGAUUUGGAGUCCAGGAAUGAGACUAAGCAUUUAUCUGUAGGAAAACACAGUAUUAAAAACACUGGUUCUCAGUGGGAGGUAAUGGAAAGUAGCAGGUUACAUGGCCUUGAAAGUUCCAUUUUCAGAAAUGACUGGCAAAGCAAAAGCAAGAUUGAAGUACAAGGACCUGAAGUGGGAUAUUUCAGUCAAAUGAAAAUCAUCUCUGAAAAUGUGCCCACUUACAAAACUCAUGAAUCUCUUACAUUACCUCAGAGAACUCAUGACAGUGAGAAGCCCUAUGAAUACAAGGAAUAUGAGAAGGUCUUCAGUUGUGACUUAGAGUUUGCUGAAUAUCAGAAAAUACAUACUGGUGGAAAACACUAUGAAUGCAAUCAAUGUUGGAAAACCUUGGGGAUAGAUAACUCCAAUAUGUUACAACUGAAUAUUCAUACUGGUGUGAAACUUUGUAAAUAUAUGGAAUAUGGGAAUACAUGUAGUUUUUAUGAAGACCUUAAUGUAUACCAGAAAAUUGAUAAUGAGAAGUUCUACAAAUGUAAGGAAUACAGAAGGACCUUUGGAAGAGUUGAAGAAGUUACUCCACUUCAAAGAGUUCAUGAUAGUGAGAAACACUUCGAAUGCUCAUUCUGUGGGAAAUCCUUCAGAGUGCAUGCACAACUUACUCGACAUCAGAAAAUCCAUACUGAUGAAAAAACUUACAAAUGUAUGGAAUGUGGCAAGGACUUCAGAUUUCAUUCACAGCUUACUGAACAUCAGAGAAUUCAUACUGGUGAGAAGCCCUACAAAUGUAUGCACUGUGAGAAGGUUUUUAGAAUUAGUUCACAGCUCAUUGAACAUCAGAGAAUUCAUACUGGUGAGAAACCUUAUGCAUGUAAGGAAUGUGGAAAGGCUUUUGGAGUAUGUAGAGAACUUGCUCGUCAUCAGAGGAUUCAUACUGGUAAGAAACCCUAUGAAUGCAAAGCAUGUGGAAAGGUCUUUAGAAACAGUUCAUCCCUGACUAGACAUCAGAGGAUUCAUACUGGUGAAAAACCCUAUAAAUGUAAAGAAUGUGAGAAAGCAUUUGGAGUAGGUAGUGAACUUACUCGACAUGAAAGAAUUCACAGUGGUCAAAAGCCUUAUGAAUGUAAGGAGUGUGGAAAGUUCUUUAGACUUACGUCAGCCCUUAUUCAACAUCAAAGAAUUCAUAGUGGUGAGAAACCUUAUGAAUGUAAGGUAUGUGGGAAGGCCUUUAGACAUAGUUCAGCCCUUACAGAACAUCAGAGAAUUCAUACCGGAGAAAAACCCUAUGAAUGCAAGGCAUGUGGGAAGGCCUUUCGACAUAGUUCAUCCUUUACCAAACAUCAGCGCAUUCAUACUGGUGAUAAACCCUAUGAAUGUAAGGAAUGUGGGAAUUCCUUUAGUGUUGUUGGGCAUCUUACAUGCCAACCGAAAAUUUACACUGGUGAGAAAUCAUUUGACUGAAAUAAAUGUAUAAAGUGGUUUUUUAUUUCUGAUUUUCACAGGAAAAAACUAUGGAUGGAUUUAAUAGGUAAUCAAGGCAAUUCAGUAUCUCCCUCUUUUAAGUCUGUUUUUAGACUUCAUGGCCAUUCUGUAUGUAGACGUAGAAUUGCUUAGUCAUAGCUGAUAUAUACUUAUAGCUUUGUUAGAUAUUGCCAAAUAUUUCUCCUUUUUAUGUUAAAAAGAGUUUUUUUCCAUGAGUUUCUCAUCCUGGCAUGUUUUGUUUACAAUAGUUUUUGAUGUUUGCAUUAUUGUUCUUUUCACUAUACAGUUUUUUUAUUGUAAUAUUACUUCAGUAUCUUUUCUGCAUUGUAAUUCUUUGCUUGUGAUAUCUAUACUUAUUUUCCUCCAGAGAGUUAGAACUCCUAGACAGAGACAACGUAGUUUUACAUUCUUAUUGCUCUUCAUUUUGUGUAGUGUUCUUGUUUUGUUUUGUUUUGUUUUGAAUGAUAGAAGUGUGAUCUUUCCAUUUUCAUCAAAUUGUUCACUUCUCUUUAAAUUUCUAUUUUAUUUUGAUACAUGUUCCCCCAAAAAUAACAUAUACAUAGGAACUGGUUAUAUUCCACCAUAACACACACACACUAUAUAUAUAGUGUAUAUAUACAUACAAUGUAUAUAGUGUAUGUGUGAUGUAUACUAUAUAUAC